ACCCUUUUAAGAUUUCUUCAAUAACAAAAAUUGAAAAGCACAAUUGAAACCAAACAUACCGGCGAGGUUUGGUCAUCGCCGCCCCUCUCCUCCACCACCCACCGCUGCAAUUUCGAGAGAGGGAGAACGAAAGAGAUGUUGACGUCGCCGGUGGUGAACACGUACCCUCUGUCGAGCUACACCUUCGGAACGAAGGAGCCCAAGAUGGAGAAGGACACUUCCGUUGCCGAUCGCCUCGCUCGCAUGAGAGUCAAUUAUAUGAAAGAGGGGAUGAGGACAACUGUCGAUGCAAUUUUACUGGUGCAGGAACAUACUCAUCCCCACAUCCUUCUUCUUCAAAUUGGAAACACAUUCUGUAAACUUCCUGGUGGACGCCUCAAGCCAGGAGAGAAUGAAAUUGAGGGUUUGAAAAGAAAGCUGUCUAGCAAACUUGCUGCUAAUUCACCUGGUCUUCAACCAGAUUGGCAGAUAGGUGAAUGUGUGGCUAUCUGGUGGAGGCCAAAUUUUGAAACUGUAAUGUACCCAUACUGCCCUCCCCACAUAACAAAACCAAAGGAGUGCAAGAAGCUUUUUAUUGUUCAUUUAUCUGAAAGAGAGUACUUUGCCGUGCCUAAAAAUUUGAAACUUCUUGCUGUUCCAUUGUUUGAACUCUAUGAUAAUGUUCAGAGAUAUGGACCAGUUAUAUCCACUAUUCCACUGCACCUGUCUAGGUUCCAGUUCAACAUGAUCGCUGCAUGACUUUUGCAUGGUUCAGAUGAGUAUUUUGAAUUUGCAAGUAUAGAAGUCACACCAUGCACAGCUUUGAAGUAAACUACCUUAUGCUCUAUUCAUCAACCUUGGUUAUCAAAUAAAAUGCAUGAGUCGGGUCUUUUUCCAAAGAUGAUAAUGCUGCCAAUGUAAUUUGAUGAAUUGACAUGGGGGUAAAAAAAAAUGAGAGGUAUACAUUGUGCACUGGGCAUUGUCCUUUUUAUUCCAGGGCAAGCUGUUUAACAUUUUGGGAGCAUACUGUGCAAGAUUCUAUUUAUUUUCUUCAUUUUCUCUUGAA